AUGGGAGUGAAGUCGACGCCGAUAGGGGAGCAGCAAGCCGAGGAGGCGCAGCCGACUUUGGUGAAGCCGGCGAAGGAGGCAUCGGCAGGGAAGCAGCCGACAGGGGAGCAGGCAGCAGUGAAGCCGAUCAAGGAGCCGUCAGCGACCCGGGCAGUCGGCAGGGGAGCCGACGACAGGGGAAAAGUCGGCAGGGACGCCGACCGUGGUGCAGCAGGACGCCAAGGGCAGCGAAGCUGGCCGCCGGACUUCCUGUCCUACCAUGCGUGCCUGCCGCCGGCCGCCUACACCACGGCGUACGACGACCUCGACGACGACAUGCUGCACGACGACGCCGAGGAGGACGCCGAUCUACCAGAGCUCGACCCCAACAUGCACGCCAACCCCGAGCACCGUUGGGACAUCACAACGAUGACGGUGAAGGAGGCGCUGGCGAGCUGGAAGGGCAAGGCGGUGAAGGCCGCCAUGGACGAGGAGAUCCGCAGCCUCAUCGGCAUGGGCACCUGGGAGCUGGUCGAACGCCCGCGCGGGGUGAACAUCAUGAAGAACCGGUGGGUGCUGAUGACCAAGUACCACAUCGACAACACAGUCGCCCGGGAGAAGGCGAGGCUGGUCGUGAAGGGCUUCACGCAGAUUUACGGUGCCGACUACGAUAAGACGUACGCGCCGGUGAGCAGCUAUGUCACGCUAAGGAUCUUCCUCAGCAUCGUCGCCGUCCUCGACUUGCACCUGAUGCAGCUCGACAUGAAGAACGCCUUCCUCCAGAGCAACCAGGACCGGGCGCUUGACGACGUGCUGAUCGGCGCUGGCUGGAAGAAGAGCCAGGUCGACCAGGCACUCUACUUCAAGGUCGGCAGUGAUGGGGUGGCCUACUGGGUGCUGGUCUACGUCGACGACCUGCUCGCCGCCAGCAGCAGCACCGCGAUGCUGAAGGAGCUGAAGGAGCUGCUGGAGGCCGCCUUCAAGCUGCGCGAGAUCUCGCCGGUGUACGCCGACAAGCAGUGCAGGUGGUUCAUCGAGGAGGUGCAGACCGGGCGCACCCCGAAGACGCCGGUGUCCGUCGACGCCUACGUCGAGCUGACGUUCGACGACGAGGAGGCCCAGGAGCGCCAGGAGGAGGAGUACCGGCAGAAGGUCGGCUCGCUGCAGAUCGCGGCGACGACAACGAGGCCGGUCAUCGCCUUUGCCUGCAGCACGCUGGGGAGCGGCCUCACGGAGAGGAGCGACCAGCACUGGCGCGAGGUCGACCGCUGCCUCGCCUACCUCGCCAACGCCCGCGACACCGCCCUGGAGUUCGGCGGUGGAUCAGAGUCGCUGAAGCUGCGCAUCAAGUGCGCGACGUUAUCGUCGACCGAGUCAGAGUACGUGGCGGCCACGGAAGCCGGCAAGGAGGGACGCCGCCUUCGCUUCCUCCUUGCAGAGUUCCGGCAGCUGGACGCCGGGACGCCGACCGUCCUUCGUGUGGACAACAAGUCGGCUAUCACGGUCGCCGAGGGCAUGGGGUUGACGUGCAACCUCAAGCACAUGGAGCAACGCUAUGCAUGGUUGCAGCACAUGGUGAAGCGCGGGAAGUUUUUGCUGAAGUACAUACCGACCACCGAGCAGCCGGCCGACUUCCUGACGAAGGCGCUGCACUAUCCGGCCUUCAACCGGUGCUCCGUCGCAAUCGGCCAAGUGCGCCUGGCCGACGUGAGCGAUGGUGACGAUGACGUGCAGCAGUAG